GAACCGUGAGUGAACAUUGCACGUAGCCUACUGAGCGAGUGCAGUGUGUCAGUAGCCAAAGCCGACAACUGGAUCGAGGAAAUUCGGAAAGAUAUUGACUUUUUGAAGUUUUUGAAUAUCCUACUACAAGAGGAAUCUUUUCAAGACGCAUAGGAAACCUACGUGUUUGUUAAGGUCUUGGGAUCCCGCGGCAUCACUAUUUCAAAAGCAAACCUUUGUGUGAUGAUGGGGUGAUUGGGUUUGCCCCACUUUCUCACCAGAACCUCCACACCACCUCCACUAGCCCGUGUCAUGUCUGAGGAUUCCGACUCCAAGCCGUACCUGUUCUCCCCGCUGGAGGGCCAGGACGGCGGCGGUGGCGGCGGCGUGUGCAGCUCCAUGGCUCAGCUUCACCGGAUGGGCGGCUUGCCCUCCGAGGGCAGCGACAGCAGCAGCCAGGACCCGCCGGCCUCCCCGCACAGCAACAGGAAGAUGGCGCGUUCCCUGCACGAGGACGUGGAGAUGAAAAGCAGCGGCUCCAGCGGCAGCGGGACGGAGUCGCACGGCAACGAGUCCCAUGGCAACGAGUCUCACGGCAACGAGUCCCAUGGCAAUGAGUCGACGGGCAGCUCAAACGGCCACAGCAAGGACUCCGCUCUGCUGGAGUCGUCUGGGAGCAACAAGAGCUCAAACUCUCACAGCCCUUCACCACCAAGCAGUUCCAAUGCCUUCAGUUUACUGAGUGCCAGCUCCGAACAGGAUAACCCCUCCACCAGUGGCUGCAGCAGUGAAGAGUCUGCCAAGGCCAAGACACAGAAGGAGCUGCUCAAGACCCUCAAGGAGCUCAAGAUGCACCUCCCUUCAGAGAAGAGAAAGAAAGGCAACAAGUCCACGACCCUCAACACCCUCAAAUAUGCCCUCCGCUGCGUCAAACAGGUGGAAGCCAAUGAGGAAUACUACCAACUGCUUAUGAUCAAUGACAGCCAGCCGUCGGGUUUGGAUGUGGCCUCUUACACCAUUGAGGAGAUAGACAGUAUUACCUCCGAGUACACACUGAAAAACACUGACAUUUUUGCAGUUGCAGUGUCCCUCAUCACGGGGAAGAUAGUGUACAUCUCUGACCAGGCAGCUACCAUUCUGAACUGCAAGAGGGACGUGUUUAAGAAUGCCAAGUUUGUGGAGUUUUUAACACCUCAGGAUGUCAGUGUGUUCUACAGCUUCACAACGCCUUACCGCCUGCCCUCUUGGAGCAUGUGCACUGGAGCAGAGUCAUCCCCCUCCGACUGCAUGCAGGAAAAAUCUUUCUUCUGCCGGAUCAGUGGUGGUAAGGAGUGUGCGGAGGACCUCCAGUACUACCCCUUCCGCAUGACGCCCUACCUGAUGAAGGUGCAAGACUCUGUGCAUGGAGAGGAGCAGUUCUGCUGCCUCCUGCUGGCUGAAAGGGUGCACUCAGGGUAUGAAGCUCCCAGAAUCCCCACUGACAAGCGGAUCUUUACCACAACACAUACCCCCAACUGUGCAUUCCAGGACGUCGAUGAGAGGGCUGUUCCGUUGCUAGGAUACCUUCCACAGGACCUGAUCGGUACGUCGUUGCUCAUGCACCUCCACCCCAGCGACUGGGCCGUCAUGCUCAGCAUCCACAGGAAGAUCAUGCAGCAUGCCGGCCAGCCCUUUGACCACUCCUCCAUUCGCUUCUGCACCCGCAAUGGGGAGUACAUCACCCUGGACACCAGCUGGUCCAGCUUCGUCAACCCCUGGAGCCGCAAAGUGUCCUUUGUCAUUGGCCGUCACAAAGUCCGCAUCGGCCCUGUGAAUGAGGAUGUGUUUGUGGCGCCAGGCGUAGCCGAAGGGAAGACCAUGGACUCCGACAUCCAUGAAAUCACAGAGCAGAUCCACCGGCUCCUCCUGCAGCCGGUGCACGUCAAUGGCUCCAGCGGCUACGGCAGCCUGGGCAGCAAUGACCACCUGAUGAGCGGCGUGGCCUCGUCGACCGAGAGCACGGGGAACAGCGGGCCCCGUGCCGCUUGGCCAGAAGAGGACAAACCAGACAAGGCCAAGCCUCGUUCAUUCCAGGAGAUCUGUAAAGGGGUGCACAUGCAGAAGGGGGUGCACAUGCAGAAGACCCAGGAGCUGCAGUCCAAGAGGAGCCAAAACAUAGCACUGCAACAGAAGGGCCCGGCGGUCCGGCCCAAGGACACGGCGGUUCCGAUGAGCUGGCGGGACUCUGGGGGCAGCCCUGAGGAGCGUGUGGCCAUGCAGGAGGAGCUGGCCUUCAAGGACCAAACCGUCUACUCCUACCAGCAGAUCAGCUGCCUGGACAGCGUCAUCAGAUAUCUGGAGAGCUGUAACAUCCCUAUCACAGUGAAGAGGAAAUGCCAGUCCUCCUCCAACACGACCUCCUCCAAUUCAGAUGAGGACAAACAGAAAGUAGAGAGCUCCAUGCAAGCAGCAGAAGCAGAGGCUCCGCUGUUGAAAACACCGCCCACUCUGGCCACUCUGAACGUGGCCAAGAAGAGCGCCGCCCCGGGGGUGGUGAGCACGUCGCUGGCCCCCCUGGCCCUGCCCAGUAAAGCCGAGAGCGUCGUGUCCAUCCCCAGCCAGUGCAGUUACAGUAGCACCAUCGUACACGUGGGGGACAAGAAGCCUCAGCCUGAAUCAGAGAUCAUCGAGGACGUCUCAGGCGGUGGAGAGGCAGUGGAGUGCCAGACCACCGUGCCCCCAAGUGCUGUUUCACCUCCCAGCCAGGAGAGGGAGGCGUACAAGAAGCUGGGCCUGACCAAGCAGGUGCUGGCGGCACACACGCAGAAGGAGGAGCACGCCUUCCUUAACCGCUUCCGGGAGCUGCGUGGUGUCCACGCCUUCAAGGCUGACUGCUCUCAGUACCUGGAGAGACAAAAGGGCCAGUUGGCUUCAGAAGCUGUUCCAGCGGUGCGCUCCUGUAAGCAGGGAGGAAGUGGCGAGCCGGCCGCCCGCCGCAGCGGCCGCAACAAGAAGACCAAAUCGAAACGCGUGAAGCAGAACGAGUCGUCGGACAGUACAGUGUCGCAACGAAAGCAGCAGCAGCCAAGGCCGCCACUGCAGGGCCUGCAGCAGACGUCCUGGUCACCCUCGGACACCUCCCAGUCCACCUUCCCCAUCGCCUACCCUGCCGUCAUGCCCGCCUACCCACUCCAGAUGUACCCCGGUGCCAGCGGCAUGGCCCCCCAAGUGGACCCCACACUGUCGCGCUUCAGCGACAGCCAGUGCAACCAGGACCCGCGCGUCCCCAUGCAGCCCCCCACAUACCCAGCGCCGCUAGUCACGCCCAUGGUGGCCCUGGUGCUGCCCAACUACAUGUUCCCACAGAUGGGCAGUGCGCCACGCCAGCCCUUCUACCCCGAUCAGACUGCCUUCCCCACACAGCCCUCCGCCUUCCAGGCGCAACCGUCGUUCCAGGGGCAACCGUCGUUCCAGGGGCAACCGUCGUUCCAGGGGCAACCGGCGUUCCAGGCGCAACCGGCGUUCCAGGGGCAACCGUCAUUCCAGGCGCAACCGGCGUUCCAGGGGCAGCUGCCGUUCCCAGGCCAGUCCACGUUCACGGUCCAGACGCAAUUUGCCACGCAGAACCCCUUCCCGCCACCCAGCGGCUACGCGCCGCAGCCCUUCUCCUUCACACUGCCCACCGAGCCGCCCAAGGCGUCGGAGCCCGAGCAGCGAGAGGGCCAGUCGCGGUGCUCCACGCCGCAGUCGCUCGGCGCCCGGGACCAGCCCUCGCCGCCGCUCUUCCAGUCGCGCUGCAGCUCGCCGCUCCAGCUCAAUCUGCUGCAGCUGGAGGAGAGGCAGGACAGCGCAGCCACCCCCGCCGCCACUACCGUGGAGAAGGUCCCCACCAGCAUGCCCACCAAACCCGACACCGAGCUGCAGCAGCGCUCACUCAAACUGCCCGCUCUAGACAGGGCCUGCCCAGCCACCCCCCCUGGCCUCUGCGGCCUCAGGUCUGGGCACAGGCAGACUGAUGGUGGGGGGUUGUCUUGGGAAAAGCUAUUCCCUAAACUGUGUUGCAGCGACGAGGAGGUGGGGUCUCCAGAUGACAGUCACCACAGCGAUGGCAACUCCUCCUCCAGUGACAUGUUGGACAUCCUGCUUCUGGACUCGCGCUCAGGCACGAGUUCGGCCACUUCGGGCUCCAUGGGUUCUGGUUCUAAUGGCUGCGGAACCUCUGCCUACGGAACUUCAACUAGUGGUGCAUCUGCUAGUGGAACAGGGAGCAGCCAUGUAAGCAACAACAGCAGCAACUACUUUGGCAGCGUGGACUCGUCUCAGAAGAGCCAUAAGGCCAAGGAGCCUGAAGCAGCCAUGACAGUAGGACAAGGCGGGGAGAUGGAGGUGGAAGAGAACCAGCACUUCUCCAAGUACGUACCUCAGGACCCACUGUGGCUCCACACGGCUAACGUAGACGGGGCCAGCAUGCUGACCUACCAGAUGCCCUCACGUGACAUGCAAAAGGUUCUGAGGGACGAUCGCGAAAAGCUCCGUCAGAUGCAGAAAAACCAACCACGCUUCAGCAAGGACCAGAGGAGGGAGUUGGUGGAGGUGCACCCCUGGAUGAAAAGAGGGGGUCUGCCCAAAGCCAUUGAUGUCAAGACAUGUAUGGGCUGUGAGGAUCUCUCCGAAAGUCUCAUUGAGGAAGAGACGCCUGACUUGCACAUGGGUGAGACGGAAGCCAGUGAGGAGGCUUCUGCAGACAAGACUAGUGCCCAGCUGCAGCAGCCAGGCUCUUCCCGGUGUCUGGCCACAGGGACUGGGACCUAGGACUACUACUGACUACUGUAAAGAAUUAAUUUGACUGAAUAUGGAAUAACACACACACACCUCCAUCCACCCACAUACACACAGAAUAUUCUGGCAAGAAAAACUGAACAUUCUAUUUUGUAACUGUGUGUGUGCGUGAGAGUGUGUGUGUGUAUGUGUGCGUCUAUAUGCGAGUGUCUGAGUGAAUGAUAUUGUAAAUAUGUGAGUGUGAGCAAAUGUGGGUGUUGGUGUGCAUAUGCACAUGCAUGUGCACACAGUUGUGUAGGCCGUUAUUUUGAGUGUAGUAUUAAGUUCCCCCUUUUGUAUUUUGUAUUGCUCUGCAAUUCUGGAACCAAGUUACCAGAUGAAGAUCUGUCAACUAAAUGUGAUAAAUGUCAACUUUUUUAUUUAAUGUCUUUCAAAAUGUUUGUCCACAGAUUUCUCUAUAUGUUUAAUUAUACUGAGGAUUUUUUUCAUCCUUCAAAUGAUUCUUUGGCUUCAGACAAAUUCCUCUGGACUGCUUGCCUUCUGUCCAUAGUAUGCGUGAAUCUUUGGUAGUUGAAAUAUGUAUUUAUUUUUAUACAGAGAUAAAUGGUGACAAAACACAACAGCACGUGCACAUUUAUAUCUUACAAGAGAAGGUAAGCUGAGAAUGGGCAGUAGGUAGUAGCACAUGAGCCGGAGUGGAGCAGGGUAUUUGGGUGUUGUAACACCUUUGAAGAUGAUUAUUUGUUAACUGAAAGCUAGUUUUAUAAGAUUUCUGGUGGAUGAUUGCCUGGCCUAUGGUUAACAAUGGUGCUAAUUCCUUUCAUCUCUUUCUUUUGUCUGGAGUCAUGUAUACAUGGUAUCUAAAUUAUCUUCAGUAAUAGGCCUUUAGCUAAACCUGAAGAUAAAGCAAAAAUCUUUUGAUCAAAAGAUUUGACCAAACAGUGCACAUAAUUCAAGUGUAGCUUUUAACAGUAGGCUACAUGGGUUUGCUGUUGGAAACUGUUGGAUUGACAAAUCCUACACACCUCUUAACUGCAGUUUUCAUGGAGAUGUACAUAUCUUCAUAAUCAACCAUCUGGUAGGCCCUCUUCUAGUUUUUUUGUUAGGGCAGCAUCCUUGAAGACCUGGGCUUGAUCAGACUGGUAUUGUCUCUGGUGGAUAAUUUUAAGGCAAUUUUAGCUACACUGCCAUCUACUGGAAAAUGAGAAGAGAUAUUCGUUUUUCCCUGUUCAUGUGUGAAGUAGCAAGUAUGUAUUUAUUUCAGAGGAAAUGGACAAGAGAAUGUGUGCACUCUUAAAUAUUUGUCUCUGUGCAUUUUUUUGUUAAAUAGUGGUCUAUUUGUUAAAUAAAUAAUAAAAAAGGAUAUGUAUGCCUUGUUUCUUUCCUAA